AUGGUUCUCAACUCAACCCACCUCGGCACAUCAACCCAUGCCUCAGCAGUGCAAAAGGCUCAUCUAGAACUCAAAGUGGCCAUGCAUCCAGCUGCUACAUCAUGUCAAACCUUCGAAGAACAGAGCAGAGUUGAGGUCGGGGUCAUUGAGAGCUUUUUCCCUGGUAACCUAGCGGAUAGCGUGCGGAUCUGCUUCGCAGCAUGGCUCGCUUUUGUCUGCGCCAUGGACGACAUCUUGGAGUGCCUUAGCACUUCUGAUGGAGAGGCUGUUCUGUAUCGCUGCAUUGGAAUGUUGAGAAACAAUCACAAGAUCAACACGAAGAGACAGGUCCCGGACACUGAGGUUGAAAGGCUAACCCGGCUCCUAUACGAUCAUAGUAGGCUUCAUCUUCCCGCGGGUGUCUGUGAUGUAUUUUUUCGGGCAAUAUGCGAAGUUUUAAAAGCUCAUAUCGCUGAGUUUCACUUCCUGGAUGGUCAGACUCCCCACGAUCUGUCUAGGUACAUGUCCAUCCGAAGACGGACCAUUGCACUUGACCCUUUCUUCGAGGUAAUCAAAUAUGUACAUCUUCCAGAGAGCUGGCGUCGAAAGCCUACAUGGAAGAAGCUCCAAGAAGAGGUUUGCAGCACCGCAGGACUGCAAAAUGAUAUUCUCGGGUUGGAAAAAGAUAUUGAGAACGGCGACGGACUCAACUCUGUCCUUGUGCUUCUACGGAACGAAGGGGUAGGCAACGCUUACGACCGUGACCCUGCAAUGUUUGCAAAGUGUAUUUCUAUCGUCGUCAAGAUGCACAAUGAGAGCGCCAUAAGGGUGGCGAAUUGCAUGGAGGAACUCCUACAACCAGCUGGCAAUGUUCUGCCAGAUUCAGUAGUGGAGGUUGCGAGGCAUCUGAUGUUGGUCUGUGAGACACACCUGGCAUGGUGUGCCUCUGCAAAAAGGUACAUGCCAAGAUUAGAGUGA